GUCGUUAUCGCCCAACCCUGCGGGGAGGAAUUUUAAGAAAUUAUUCAAGUUACAAAGUUACAAUUCCUACAAUAGUGAAGAAAGACAUUUAACACAACCAAAAAUUUACAGAACCUAUAGCAACCAUGGGUAAAGGGGUAAUCGCAAAAAAGAAGAAGGGCCCGUCUCUUCAUUCUCGGGCUGCGAGGCGUGCGACGUCCCCAAGCAUCAAUACUGACAAGUCGCUGAAGAAUGCUCAACCUCCUGUGGAAUCGAUCGACCAUCGCCCUUCCGUACUCUCCAUACAUCAGGGAGCAGGCGUUUCGAAGAAGACAAAGAAAGGAAGGAACCUAAGUACCAAAGCACGGAGGAGACAAGAGAAAGACCAAGACCGAGCUGCUGCCAUUGCGGAGAGAACAGAAAAGAAGACGGCUAAAAGUAAAGGACAAGCCCGCACAAUUGAAUCGCGCAGAAAGGCUUGGGAUGAUAUCAACAACCAAAUACCUAUGCCAAAGAAGAUACCCCAAAGCGCAGCGGCUGACGAGGACAACUCAGACCAAGAAGAAGAGGUUUCCGAGUUUGAUGAAGAGAUGGACGACGCACAUGUUGAGAAAGCCAAAGCCAAAGCUUUCAAUAGUGUAGCAGUGGCGGCAGCAGCAGCAGCAGCAGCAGCAACAAUAGAUGGGGCUCCUGCUAAUGAAGCUAUGGAUGCAUAUGACGGGAUUUUAUGAUUUUCUGGGAAAUUUGAAAGAAAUUCCAUAAAUACCUAUUUUAGGCGUUGUUGGCGUAAAGGCUUAAGACUGUGAUAGCUUCUCUAAUGUCCAGACUUUAAGUUACAUACAGUACUUCACAAAUGCGACGAAUGCGACAAAUGCGCC